CGCGCAUCCUGUUUCAUUAAAUAUUUUUUCCAGACGAAAAUGGCUGCCUCUCUCAUCUAAGGCUCUGCUCAAAGGAUUAAAUAACCGUAAACCCGGCAGCAGAAACCGCUCCCCCGCCUCGACGCGACACUCAUGGACACCGGGGCGUAGUCUGCGCUGCGCCAUCACGAAGAUGUUGUGGUUGUCAGAGAAGGAAAAUGUGUACGAUUCGAGAUUAACCCUUUCCGGCCCAACAUCCACCAACAAAUGAGAAGAAUGAUGCAUCAAGUGAGCAGCAGCAACAGUGACUAUUGUAUGAGUGGACUGGCAGAGGACUGUCAUCCAGCCAGUCACUUUGACUUAUGUAGCACCCAGUCCAACAAAUUCUACCCCUCUGCGACGAACCCGAGUUUGCAGCUGUCUCUCGCCGGCCUGGCCCCUUUGCCGCAGGGCAUGCACAAAGCCAUGGCGUGCCAAAUGCAAGAAGCCCAGAAUGACUUCCAGACUCAGACAGUGAGAAUCAGGGGCAACGAGGCUGCAGGGCCCGAUGGCUCUAAAAAGAAGAAAGGCAUCGUGAAGUCGGGGCGGAGAGGGCGACCAUCGGGCACCACAAAGUCAGCUGGUUACCGUACAAGUACCGGACGGCCACUCGGAACAACUAGAGCGGCUGGGUUCAAAACCAGCCCAGGGAGGCCCCUUGGUACCACCAAAGCAGCAGGAUACAAGGUCAGCCCCGGGAGGCCCCCCGGCAGCAUCAAGAGUCUAGCCAGGCUCAAGAAGCUGGAGUUCGGCUGUGACGGCGGCAAGAAACUUGACUUUAGCAACUGCAGCGUUCCCAAGAAACUGGACUUCACUGCCUGUGAUGUUCCACCUUUUCCGUACACCAUGAUGGAGAAAAGAGACCUCUGUGAGCCCAGUAGCAAAGUGGACGAGACCAGAGAAUAGUUCUGCAGCUUGCUUGGGGGAAAAAACACAAAACAUUUGCGUGCGUCCAAAAAGAGGACGCUGAGGAAGCGUUUCACUCAAUUCUUUUAGGAAGUAACUGUGUCAUUUAGAAACGGCUCUGGCUGAGUUUUCACUGUUCAGUGUUUGGCAUUUUAUUGACCUUCUCAUAAUAAAUGAUGGAAGCAGAUGUAUGUUAUUGCAGUUUGGCAGAGAUGCAUGCAUAUGAAUAAACCACACCAAUAGGUAUAAGCAAAAACAUGUAUUUAUCAGUUUGUGGUUCAAACCUCACUGUAGAGUGGAUCUUUUUCCCCCUCAAGCAUUUUGUUCCUUUGAGUUGUGACACGUUCUCUUAUUCUGCUUUAACAUUUCUAUGUCCAGGAUCUUGUGACAUUUUCUACAUUUAUAGAAAAAAUGGCAUUUUUCUUCAGACAGCCUAUGAAACUCGCUUUUUUCCUGAGCAUAAACAUCGUAGAUGUGUAAUUGUCGUCUCUGUGUCUUGUCAAGUUGAAUAUAAAUUUUAUUUUUUUGAUAUUAUCCUGCAUUAUACCUUGAAAUGGGAACACAUUUUUUUUAAAAAUUAGCUUGAACUGGUAAAAGUCAACGCAUCAUAUCCUUUUGAACGCAGUAUUUGUUAUUCCUGCACUUUGUGAAUAUAUAGUUUUGAUUAUAUAUUACAUUGCUUGUUUUUGUCCCCAAACUCACUCGAUGAGCACUUCCAGUUUUACGUGUUGUGACGCUGUUCAUAAGGGGAACAUAAUUGCUUCAUGAAACAGAAGAAAAAAACCGCUUUGUGGAAUAUGUAAUAGAUGCUGAUGUGUUGUAUGUGCAACCAAAAAUAAAAAAAAAUUGCAAUUUUC